GUAUUUAGUUCACUCGGUUUUCAUUGGAAGAGAAAGUCGAAGAUAAUUUAGCGCAGAUUUGAUCCUCAAGUCACUAUCUUUUCUCCCGCAAACAGCCAAAUCACAACUCUUCGACAAUGUCCUUUAACAAGGGUCCUGCCUACGGAUUAACAGCGGAGGUGAAAAACAAGAUUGCACAGAAGUAUGACACUCAGAAAGAAGAGGAGCUGAGGCUCUGGAUCGAGGACAUCACAGGAGCUUCCAUCGGGCCCGACUUCCAGAAAGGCCUAAAGAAUGGAGUCAUCCUGUGCGAACUUAUCAACAAGCUCGCACCGAACUCUGUGAAAAAGGUCAACCAGUCAGCGCUGAACUGGCAUCAGCUGGAGAACCUGACAAACUUCAUCAAAGCCAUCACAGUGUAUGGCCUGAAGCCUCAUGACAUCUUCGAAGCCAACGACCUGUUUGAGAACGGCAACAUGACGCAGGUCCAGACAACGCUGCUUGCACUCGCCAGCAUGGCAAAGACCAAAGGCUGCCAGUCACGGGUGGACAUCGGGGUGAAGUACGCCGACAAACAGGAGAGGAUGUUUGAUGAGGAGAAGAUGAAGGCUGGACAGUGUGUCAUCGGCCUGCAGAUGGGGACCAACAAGUGUGCCAGUCAGGCAGGUAUGAACGCCUAUGGCACCAGGAGGCACUUAUAUGAUCCCAAAGGUCAGAUGCUGGCCCCCAUGGACAACACAACCAUCAGUCUGCAAAUGGGAACCAACAAGGGGGCGAGCCAGGCUGGCAUGACUGCUCCAGGGACAAGGCGUGCCAUUUACGACCAGAAGCUGGGCACAGACAAGUGCGACAACAGCACCAUGUCCCUACAGAUGGGCUUCAGCCAGGGAGCCAACCAGAGCGGGCAGAACUUUGGCCUGGGACGGCAGAUCUAUGACGCCAAAUACUGUCCUAAAGCCGGAGAGGUUGCAGAUGAUCAGAACGGGGCCGGCGUUGCCUGCAACUACAUCCCAGAUUACCAGGACGAGGGUUACCAAGGUUACCAGGAAGAGGAGCAGGUGUACCAAGAGGAUGGGACAGAUUAUUAGAGGGAAGGCGGGAGCUGAGCUGAGGGGAAGGGAAAGAGAGGUUGUAUAAAGGAGUGAUCUUCUGCAAGAAAACCUCAAGGCAGGCCGUUUUUAUUUUUUAUAACCGCAGGAUGUUGCACCUUUUUUGGGGCAUAUCCUUUUUAGUAUUGUAUGAAUAGUUUUCUUACCCCUAUUUGUGCAACAAAAAAAAAAAAGAAGUUACACAUAUCAUGAUGAACUGUAUUUCUGUGAUUAUUAUAUUUAAAGUGACCACAAAAGCCAAACCUCUUUGGCUUGGCUAGUUUUCUAUCCCAGGGAUGUUUUUUUUUUGUUUUGUUUUUUAAUGUGCCAAAGCCCCCCACCCCCGUUCUUUUUCAGUGUUUUUUGCUGACUCAUUCGUUACAGUAAGGGAGAUUCCUGAGUUGUUGUUUUUUUUUUUUUCUAAGGGCAACAUGAAAAUGAAUCUAAAAGUGAAACAUUAGGGAGUUUUUGUUAAACAUUUAUAAGAAGAUGCAUCUCGCUUUGAACAAAAUACCCAUGUUGUGUUAGUGUAUCAUCUGUGUAAACAUAAUUCUGUGAAUGAGAAUGUACAUUUGUGUUUGUUACUUCUUCAGUAUCUUCUUCAGUAUUGGUCAUUGACACAGUAACUGUAGUAACAGUUUAGAUUUUUCAGGCAGAUGAGGAGACAAAAUGGACUUCUUUUUUUCUCUCUUUAUUUUAGAACAAGUCAGUUUUAACUUUUUUACAUUCAGUCACACUCACUUAUUUCUGUUUCUUUUUUUUUUAAAUGGAGGAAAUAUUUCCCUUGUUUGUAUAACCAGUCCAACUGGAGUUAAGCUUUGUUUUCUUUGGAUUAAAGACGGUGGGGGAGGAUAAAAUAAUACUCAAGUGAAGUUUUGAACAUUCCAAGCAAGAAUACUGGAUUCUUUUUUCUUUUUUUUUUCAGUGAUAAUGUUAAAGUGAAUCAUUCUUAAAUAUUGGUCGAAAUGCGAACCAAUCAUACAAUUAUUGAUCAUUAUUAUUUAUGCAAUAUUUGUGAUUUUUUAAAUGGGGCUUGUUUUGUACUUUGUCUCUGAAUAACAUUUGGUAUUUGGACUAUACUUUUUCCUCUGGAAUAAUCUUUAUGCCGACGGAAAAAUAAAUGUUUUAAUUCAGAAGUAUGUUUCUGUGAAUACGGUGUAAUAAAGAUUUGUAUUCAUUA